UGGGACGUUGUCGUGCACCUGACGCCACAAUGGACGACUAUCCGAUGUAUGGGUUGCUGGUUGGGUUCUCUCUCUGGGGGACCCUCUGGCGUCUCCUCUUUCCUCUGGGCUUUUGGCCCACUUUCACGUGUAGAGUAGGGCCCACUCGUGGUGGUACUUCCACCAGCCCCUAAACGAAGGAGGAGGAGAAGAUGGCCGCCAUUUUGCAGGAGAGGAAGGAGAAGAAGGAGGCCAAGAAGAAGGCCUUGAAGGAGGAGCAGGCGGCCAAAUUGAAGAAUAUAGAAGAAGAGAUGGCCAAAGAGAAGGAGAGGAUAAAGAAGGAAGAGGAGGCGAAGUUGAAAGAGGUGGACGAGGAAGAAGAGGAAGGGCCGCCACUGCAAAGGAAGAGUGGGCAGAACAGUGGCAGCAAGGAUGAAGAAAUGGAGAAGCGGAUUUCAGAAUGGGUCGCCAACUUGUCCUUGGGUGAAGAGGAAGAGGUUGCUAUGUAUAUCCCCAAGGAUGAGCAAGAAGCCACCAUGAACAAAUGGGAAGCAGAGGAAGAUGUUCUGACGCGGCGGGCGAUGGAAGAUGAACAGAGGAUGGCGUGGAAGCUCGCAAUGAUGAGGGAGAAGAAGAGAAGAGUGGAGGCAGCGAAUGCAGCAAUACAGGAAUUGGAGGAGGUGCAGAAAUUGAGGUUACAAUUGACACCCCAGGCAUAUUUUCGCCUAGAGAAGGAUGGGAAAGUGGARAAGGUCCUCCACUCCCUGACUCUCCUCGUGGAAGACAACCUCCCAUUUGAUAUUGUCCUGGGAAUGGAUUGGGGAGAGGCAGCCGGGGCCACGCUCCAUCUGAAAGAGCACGAGUGUAGGCUCCCUAUUUCGUCAGGCGAGGCUAAGACUGCCCGCCUGUUCCAUGUGUCCGGGGUAGAGAAUUCAUUGGCACAUUGCUGCCUCGGUGCUCCUGCGUUCGCUAGAUUAGUGAAGAAGGAGCACUUAGAGGAACAGGUCUUUGUUGCCUAUGUUAGGUCAGUCACUGAGCCUAAGGAAGAGAAGCCCGUAGACCCUGCUAUUGCCGAAUUGCUGGAAGAGUUUACGGAUUUGACUGAGCCGCCGACAGGCACGGUGUCGCGGCCCAUCCAGCACCGUAUUGAGAUAGAGCCUGGCAGUAGAACUCCUAAGGGUGCGGUGUACAGGAUGUCCCCGCGGGAGUUAGAGGAGCUUCGCAAGCAGUUAGGCGAGCUCCUCGAGAAGGGUUGGAUUAGGCCCAGUUCGUCUCCUUUCGGAGCGCCUGUCCUCUUUGUUCCUAAGAAAGAGGGAGAGCUGAGAAUGUGCAUAGACUAUAGGGGUCUGAAUGCUAUUACGGUAAAGAAUGUCGAGCCACUACCUAGGAUAGACGAUCUCUUAGAUCGAGUGCAGGGGGCGAAGUAUUUUUCCAAGAUAGAUUUGAAGUCCGGGUAUCAUCAGAUAGAGGUGCAUCCUGAUGAUCAKUAUAAGACAGCCUUCCGGACUAGAUAUGGGCACUACGAGUUUAUAGUGAUGCCCUUUGGACUAACCAAUGCGCCAGCUACGUUCCAGCGCUGCAUGAACGAUUUGUUUAGGCCGUGGUUAGACAGAUUUGUUGUAGUUUACUUAGAUGACAUCUUAGUGUUUAGCCGAACCCUUGAAGAGCAUCAGGGUCAUCUCAGGCAGGUCUUGGAGAAGCUGAGGGAAGCUAACUUCAAGAUCAAUGCAAAGAAGUGCGAUUGGGCGAAGACGCAAGUUUUGUACCUAGGCCACGUCUUAGACGGAGACGGCGUUAAGCCAGAGGAUAGCAAGAUCGCAGCGAUUAGAGAUUGGCCCACGCCACGUACGCUGACAGAGUUGCGCUCGUUCCUGGGCUUAGCUAAUUACUACCGGAAGUUCGUGAGGAACUUCUCCACUAUCGUUGCGCCCCUUCGCAGAUUACUCAGGAAGGAGACCAUACCAUCUGGAAGUGGGACAAGGACUGCACGUCUGCCAUGAAAAAGUUGAAGCAGGCAUUGAUAGAGCACCCGGUCCU